AUGAGGAAAGCCCCCUUCUUCCAGCUCUGUGAUCUGUUUCGCAACCGAGCCCUUCUCAGAGACAGCAUCCACAUGAGUAUUGAAGAACAGGUAGCAAUGUUCUUGAUGGUUGUUGGUCAUAACCAGCGAUUCUGGGUUCUCACUCCUGUAUUUAGGAGGUCUUUAGAAACCAUCAGCAGGUAUUUCCAAGAAGUCCUGUAUGCAGUAGGGGAGCUGAGGAAUGAUAUGAUACUACCACCAUCUACUGCUGUCGCUCCAAAAAUUAACAACAGUAGGAGGUGGGACCCUUUCUUCAAGGAUUGUGUGGGGGCUAUUGACGGAACGCAUGUACUUGCCAGAGUCCCUAAAAAGUAUAGGGCUGCUUUCAUGGGGAGAAAGCAUACUACUACACAAAAUGUCCUUGCUGCAGUGGAUUUUGAUCUGAGAUUCACUUAUGUGUUGGCUGGUUGGGAGGGAUCUGCACAUGAUGCUAGGAUCCUUGGAGAUGCCUUGGAGAGGGAGGAUGGCCUUAGAGUGCCACCAGGGAAGUUUUACCUUGUUGAUGCUGGGUAUGCUGUCAAGCCUGGGUUUCUCCCCCCAUACAGAGCCACGAGAUACCAUCUUAGGGAGUUCGGUGUUAGAAGCCCCCAGAACCCAAGGGAGUUGUUCAACCUGAGGCAUUCCUCGCUGAGAGUUAAUGUUGAAAGAGCAUUUGGUUCUCUGAAGAAUAGGUUCAGGAUCCUAUACAACAAACCAUUCCAUCCCUACAAGACUCAGGUUAAGCUAGUCCUAGCAGGUUGCAUCCUACACAAUUGGAUUCUUAGGUUUGGUCAAGAUGAGAUCAUUCCUCUGGAGUCAGAAUGGGAGCCCAACCCUCCUCAUCACCAUGGACCUCAUGACAAUGGCUAUGACAACACCACUUGGGCUGCUAAGAGAGAUGAAUGGGCAUCACAGAUGUGGGCUACUAGGACUGGGGAAAAUUAG